GUUCUUCUGUAUCUUCCACUACAAGUAGUGCUUCAGACAUACCUUGGCAUGCUCUCCCUACCCCACCGUAUCCUCAGUAUCUGCUGCCCUCUACAGUGUCUUCUACUACUUUCUCCGCCCCAUCUGACGAGCAGCUUAUUUCUCUUGUAUCUUCGGCUAAUUCAGUAUUGACUCCGAGCCUCUUCAGCCCUGGUCCAUCUUCAACAACUCAGCCGGUGCUAAGUGACAAUUCUCUCAUAAGCAUGGGACUAUAUUACGAACCUCUGGCUACUUCAUCAGAGCAGCCUUCUAGUGACCUAAAGACUCCUAAACUACGCCAAGAAUUUUUUAGUGAAAAGCUUUCACAAUCCUUUACAUUUCAAACGCCUAGCAAUAUCAAUACAGCAUCACCUACCAGUUUUAAGUCGCCUUACUUGACGUCAAGUACACCAUCGACACUAUCUCAGAGCUUCUCCAGCAGUUUAUCUGGAAUAUUUUCAUCAGAAGGCAACUCAUCCAUGUUUUAUCCAACUAAUUCAGGGCAGCUACAAUCUUCCCAAGAAAUAAUAGACAGCAGUGAAGCUGGGACUGCUGCUUUAGUGUCAUCGAGUGUUCUAAAUAGGACAUUGACUAACGUACCAGGAUCAUCAUCAGGUUUACCAGCCUACGGCUCUUAUUCAUCAUCAUCAACUGUUGGUACUUCUUCUCUCGCCUUCCAGUUACCUUCAUUGGACUUAUAUAGUGAUUAUACUCCUGGUCCAUUGACUAUGGCUGCCAAUGUGUUGUCGUCUUCAUCAUCACCUUCAUCAAAUGAACUAUCUUCAUUCGGACUGGAUAUCUUAGAUUCUGAACUCAGGACUCCUCCAGUGACAUCUGCGAUAUCAUCGCUCUCCAGCCCGUUUUCCAUGCCUACUUCUGUUCCAUCGCAGCAAAGUCAUUCUUUUGUUCCUGUGAUGCAAGACCAAACACCCAGUACAAAUAUUUUUGAAACUGGUGUACCUGUAACUACGACCCCAUCUACAACUGUGAGUUCUAUGGUGCAAUCAGAUGUAUGGAGGCCAUAUUGAUACAUUAAUUUUUAUUCUGACGUUAAUAAUUUACAUCUGGUAUUCCAUUCCAUGGUACUCUGAUGUCCAAAACGCCAUUCCACUAAUCAUCGCCGGUGAUCAUUGGUGUUAAAAGUGAUUCUAGGCUUUGGUUAAAAUUCAAAAAGUUAAAGAAGAGACAAGUUUAAUUAUCAUUCUUUAGUGCAUACAAAAGUAAUCUGGUACUUCAUGCCAAAUUUUGGUUUUAACUCUGGGCCUGGAAAUCUAGCUUCGAAGGAAUUUACCGGUGAACUAUUUACAGGGAGAAAUCUGUCAGAAAAACUGGCCCCAUAAAUUCUUACCACGUGCUUAUUAAAGCUGGAAAAUGUCAAGCUUUCUCGAAAGCGUGUAUUAAAUUUUAGAGCAAUUUUCGUUUGUAUAUCUCAUUCAAACUCUUAUUUCGUUAUCGACAAUUGGGUUUGGGGGAUUUACCAGAGUGAAGUCUACAAGACAUUUGAAACCGGUGGAUCUGUAACGGUUUCCUUCUUCCUCAAAUGGGGUAGUAGUGCAAGAGCAAUUUUGCCAAAGUGCGACCAUCAUGUUUAACUAUAUUUAUGUAUUUUUAGAUCUGAUCUUAUUCAAAGUAUACAUCAACAUUUUUCUUGAGUCAUAUACAUUUGCUUUGUUUCUUGGAACCAUUUCAAACAGUAUCGAAAUUUUUCAUUUUAAGUGAUUAUUAGUUAAGACAUGGAUGUAACAUACUCAUGGCAGAGUAUCAUUUGCUAUUACUUAAAAACACGUACAUUGGAACGUAUAUUUGUAUAGCACGUACAAAUCAUUUCCGGGAUAUACAAUGUUUUUAUAUUUCAUAUUAAAAUAUGAGAUAUUCUAGCACGUUGCAAUCUAAUAGAAGGUUUCAUGAAACAAAUCUUGCCUUUUUCAUUACAAAAUAUACAGUAAAUUAUGUUCGUGUGUGCAUUUGUUUACAUAACUCUGUUGACUGCAUUUAAAGCAAAUUAAACUAUCUAGUUGUCCAUGAAAUAGAUAUGAUUCACUUUAUUUUUUUAAAUUUAAUUCGUCUAUUUGCAUCUGAAAUAUCAUUAAAUAUUAAAUCUCCAAAGUGUGUUAUAGAUAUUGUUUUGUCCCGAAUAUAAGACGACGAGUUUCCUCCUUAAAUGCCCUAUUGAAUCAUAUCCAUUUUAUGUAAGCAGCUUAAUAUUCAAAAAUACAUUAAAAUAAUUAAUCAAAGCUUAGAAGCAUAUUUUCUCCUUAAAAGAAGUUUAUGUAAUUAUUCUCAAAGUUUGGAUUUCUUAUAAAAAUGGUGGUUUUCUUAUAAAGAAAACUUCUAAUAUAUCAGAUAUAUCAAGAAUAUAUCAGAUAUAUUUUCUAAUAAAUCAGAUAUAUCUUCUAAUAAAUCAGAUAUAUCAAGUGCUUUGAUUUUUCUUGCUUACUAUCUCCAAAAAUGCAAAGUUGCCUUAUUUAUAAUGCUAUCUUGUAUUCGGGCUAAUGCGAGAAGCUAAUCAUAAAUUCUGUGUUAGAUUAAUAGAUCUGUCAAAUUAUCCUUGGCCAAGAAUUCGAUCGUUCCUAGUUCUGCGUAUAAUAAGAAACUUUUGUAAUUCAUGAUGAUCUUCAUUCUCUAAUUCUCAAUGGUACAUGCGUUAAUUUAUUGAUAUAUAAAAUGAAAAGGUAUUCGGAUUAUGAAAGCAGUAUUAAAAUGCUGCUUUGGAAAACGAAGUGGCGGAAUUUAAAAAAAUAAGCUUAAAAUAGAUUGUAUAUAUAUGUUCAGAUAAAGUGCAAAAUUACCUUAAAUUAUCUUUUAUAACCGGACAAUAGACAAAUUUAAAUUGUUUAAAAAAUUUUUGAAAAAUAUUAGUUAUUAAGUAUUAGUAUAUUAUGUAAAAUAUUAAAAAAAUCGUAUGUUGCAAUCAAAUCAAUUCGUUUAAGAACACUACUUAAAAUAUUUUAGUAGCUUAAAAAUCAUAAGAAUCUUAUGUUGAGAAACAAUUUAUCCGCUGAAUCUUCAAUGAGGAAAAUCAGUAUUAUUUACCGCCACUCCGUUUAAGUCGGAAAAAAUAUUUUUUUAAGAUACUGAACUUUCUUCUGUGCAUGAAACUUAUGGUUUUCUAGUCGGUACUUUAUCCGGAACAUUUGUUCAAAGAUAAUUUGACGAUGCGGACUUUUAAUGCUUUCUUCAAAGUUUCAAUUCAGUUCUGAAAUUACAUACAUUAGAUAACAUUAUCGUACUGAAUCGAACUGUGACAGUGUUUUUUAAACCAAAGUGCUGAUAUACGAAUUUUAAUUCACACAAUAAGGCUUUCUUUGCAACAUUUUUGGGUUAUCGCAUUUCUGUGAUAACGACGAUCAAACUUUCUGCAACGGAUCUGUGAUGGGGUUUUAUCAGGUAAAACAAAUAAGCAUUGCUUUAGUCAAAGAAAUCUUGUGAUAUUUUCUUUCAUGUUCACAAGUAACACUACUUUUCUUUUAAAAUGUAAAAUUUUUAUUUGACGUAUGUUGCAAUGUAUUGUGUUACCUUAUCUCGGGUUUGUGAUAUUAUUAUUUCAGAUCACAUUGUUAAGCAUUUUGUUACUGUAAUUACUCUACGCAUAUUACAGACAACUGCAGCAUGCAUUUCUAAUUUUUAUCUCGCCGCUCUUUUUUAAAAAUUAUUUAUUAUAAAUAAACAUCUUAAUCAUCUGAAAACCGUUAUUAAAUUCUGAAAUAAAACUUUAAAAAGUAAUCAUACCAAAUGGUCACACUGGAGAAAAAUCACAAUUUAUUGAAUAAGUUAAAUAAAAUAUUUUAAAUUUCACAACUAUAAGUUUCACAACUAGUAUAACUAUAAUUUCAUAACUAUACUUUAAUGUUCUUAAAAUAAACAGGACUUACCGUCUUCCGUCAUAAAUAAUAAUUUUUAAGAAGUAAAAUUAAUGCAAGAAAUAUUUUAUAUAUUCGGUUCAUACAUUUUUAAUUUGACGACGUCGGCAUGAAAUACAUUAUAACACUGCCUACUUUACUGGUGAAUGCUCUUACCUGCCCACUCAUAAAUAUUCAAAUUAAUACUCGAAUAUGGAUUUUUAUAUAAUAUGCCAAUGUCUAAAUAAUUACCUUAAACACAUCAUUAUUAACAUUUUGUGUUACGUACCUCUUUAUCUCAAACAUUAAAUGAAAAUUUAGAUUUCUGUUUUAAUAUUAUAUUGUUUAUUACUAUAUUUUCAAUAUUGUAAUAUUUUAAGAAAUGAAUAUUUUUGGUAAAUCUUAGCAAUCGAUUCAAAUGCAUUAUUGAAUAAAAGGAUUAAUCGAUACAUUUGAAACUUUUAGUUGAAUAUUCAGACAUUGUAAUUUUUGUUCCUUAGCUCUCAUGUUUUCAAUAAAAAUAUAAAUAUUGUCUGAAUUCUAUUUAUCAAUUAACCUACGUUAAUUUUAUUAUAUUCAAAAGCAAAUAAUUGCGUUAAAAUGUAACAGAAAUAUUCUGUUGAUAAAUGAAAAUUAUUUUAUAUUGAUUUCUCAGACUUCAAAAAAGAAUUAAUGAACUUUCUGUGAAAUUUAAUACUUUGUUGUGUUUUACUGAUUUGUAACUCAGUGUGCAUUGUAAUAAUUUUAUAUAAUACUUAAGGGUUCAUUUGAAAGGAAUGUUUUAUACAUGGAACUGAAGGUAAUCAUUUUAAAAGACGUAACUAUAAAUAUAAAAAUUAAAAUUUUUAUCACUGAAAUAUAAUUUCAUUAUCAAAUGAUAGAAACGCUGCAUUCGAAAACUAAGUUUUGAAAUAUUUCCACGUCUGUCUCAUAUAAGUUUAAAAAUUAUGCUGUUAAAAUAUAAUUUCGGCAUCGUGUUAAAAACUGAAUUAAAAAAAAAUAUAUUUAAAUUUUUUUAAAAGCUAUGAAACAAAAGUUUUAUGCCUUUAAAAAUUUCGUUAUCAAAUGAAAAAUAAUGGAUGGCUUCCUGUUUUGUUUAAUUUUGAAUGUUCUAAAAUUAGCAAUAUGAUAUCGUUAAAAUAUAAUUUCGUCUUCAAGCAAAAGGCAGACCUAACAUAAUUUUUUUUUAAAUUUUAUAUACUGAAAAUUAAGAAAUACAAAACAUAAUUUCACUAACAAAUGCAAGAAAGACUUUUCAAAACUUAAAAAUAUUUAAAUGUGUUAACUUUUUUAUUAUAUUUAACCUUCUAUAAAAUUAAUGGAAUCUUCUUGAGAGCUAAUUUAUAGUUUGAAAGAAUUUUCUAAUUUUAAAUACUCAGCAGUUUUAAAGUGAAUUUAUCAAUUACAAAUGUGCUUGAUUAAUUGUGAUGUUUUAAAUUUGUUUUUAUUAUUUUUUAAAUUUACUAAAUCGCGCUGCCUAGCUAAGGAAGCUCGAUUUCAGAACAAUUCCUCCAUUAGUGCCUUAAUUUAUAUUUUUGAUGGAAUAUUCUUAUUCUUGUUAAUCAAAAGGAUGUUUAUUGUUAAAAUGUCUCAAUGUCAAUCUCUUAUCAAAUGAAUAAAGUGCCUUAUUUCUUAUUUAGUUAAAAUAUAUAAUCUUUUUAAACUCGUUAAGCUUUAUAUCUAAAUGCUUUAAGAUUUUACUUUUUAUUGCUUUUAAAAUCAUGAGUGCCUUAGAUUUAAAAUUUAAUUUAAUUUAAUGAUGACUCCUGACUAUUGCCUUAAUUUAAAUUUUGAUUAAAUAUUCUAAUUCCUUGCUCAGCAUAGUAAAAUCUAAAAAUAAAAAAAAUAGUUAUUGUUAAUUAUGCAAAUAAAUUUUGUCAAAUAUCACGCUAUAUAUGCGUGUGUGUAUAUAUGCAUUCUCUGGUCUUUUAAAAACUCACAUAGUCUAUAGUUUAUGCUUUCUGUAAUUCGAUUUAAAGAAAAUUGUGUUACGACAAUUGGUUGUUUGAAUCAAAACACAGGAUUUAUUUUUAUAAGUUCCUUAUGAAAGUAAAUCCAUCCAUAUAAGAAUACGUUUGGAGAAACAAGCACUGUAAAACAUACAACUAGUUUUGAUGUCUGUGUAAAUCUUGUUUCUAUCAUGUCAAAUGUAUAAAAAGUAUUCAAGAACCAAACUAAAAAAUUCUUCAAAAACUGUUUGUUUCAAUAAAGAUAUUUUUUGAGAGAGAUUUUAUGUUAGCACACCCAGGUGGUGUGGAUAAUAUGAGUGUGAGCUUUUUUAAAUCGUCAUUUUUUAUUGUAUUAUAUUUUCUGUACACUCAUACUCUGUGUUAUUUCUUGCCAGCUGUAUUGGCUGUCAAGUAGUUGCUUUCGCAUCAUGUAUUUAUUGUAACUGGAGUUCAAAUUUUAUGAUCAUGACUUUAGUUUUGUGAUAGCCGAGUCAUAGUUUUGUACAAGAACUCAACGUGAUCAUUAAAUGUUACUAUGACUCAUAUAUUCUCGAGAGAAGCAAUAAAUUUUUUACUAUUUGAAAAAAAAAAAA